UAUUUUCGACAGAAAAAAAGUGGCGCUCGACACUUUCCUCUCAUGUCGCGCACCCGUCACAUUUUGUCGCACAGUGUGAUUGGAUAGUGUUACUAACGUCGCCAUGGAGAUUGUACUUUUCACUGACCUUCCUUAUUGAUGUUUUGGUCUGUAACUUUAGAUAACUUGUGACGUCCAGUUUAAUUAGUCCCGGAUGAUACAAUGUAAUUAAACUACAAUGGAGACGACUGAAACCUUUCGCCGAAGCACAAACUGAAAACGUCGCGCGACUUUUUAAUUUCUGGGCAGGGAACCGUCGACCAGUCAGCCCGGAACAAAAACACCGUCGGACGAGUCAGUCAGAGUCAAGCCUCACUCUCACCCAUGGAUGUAUACAGAGUAGAGACGGAAAAUUCCUUCAGUAAUGCUAGCAUUUUACGCUAAGCUUGUGAUAGCGUACCGCAGCUGAGUACAGUUGAUAAACAGGAUGGAAGAUUAUAUCUCAAAGGGAAAUUGUGCACCUCUGCCUCUCUCCGCUCUGCGCCUGCUGGUCCCACCAAUUCAGCUGGUAUCAGCAGCAAUCUGGCAGACUGUCCAGCAGAGAGUUGUGGCUGACUAUGGGAUGCUUGAGGAGUUUGUUUCCAUGGUUACAGACAUUGUCCCAGAGCUGCUCACCAGUCGUCAGAGGGCCCAGCUCACCCUGGGCCUCAGAGCACGGCUGAUCCUGGAGUUAUGUCAGUUUGAAGCUGACUUUGGGAUUGUUCAGCCACAUCUGGACAGGAUGCACAUCCUCACAGAGGCAUGGGUAACAGAGGCUGGUGCUGCAAACAUGGACCAACAGCCCAACUCAGACUUUGUGGAUCUUGUUAAGAAGUUGCUGAACAAUCCUGAGGAGAGAGAACGAUUCUUUCAGAAAGUUUUCAUUGAAGAAUUCGGUCCCACAUAUGACGACUCUCUUCACACCUUGACGUGGCUGUUUCUGUCCAGACUUGAAAAGUUUCUUCCUCUUCAAACAUUCCAACAGGUUGCUGCCAUGUUUGGUGAGACGUCUUCAGUUCUGGAGGGCUGUAUAGAGUCUGUGUCUCAAUGUGAGGAGCUCAGAACCCUGCUGCAGUAUCAGAAAGACCUCAGCCAACUGGAUCACAAUGAUGGUUCCUUGGAUGGUACCUGCAUUAUUUCAGCUCUUAAACUUCCUUCUGUGGAAGGAACAACGACAGAAAAGCCACAAUCACAAGCUCACAGCUCACAUGAUGUGCUUUCAUGUUCAUCAGAAUUGGAGAAGGAAUCUUUAGCAUUACAAUAUAUAACACACACAAAACCUGACACAAUCACAGAGGAUCAGACAAGCAAGAUAAACCCUGACGAAACCAACUGGGUUCUCGGGGAAAACAGAACAGCUGUGCAUUUGCAAGAAAUCACAAGCCAUGAAGAAAAUGUAGGCCUUCUUCAAAGUCAAGAUAAGGAUGCUUCACGCCCUCUAAAAGAAUGCAGUGUUCAGCUAAAAAGACUUGACAACCCGGCGUUUUCGCAAUCUCGACCUGUGAGACGAAACAGAGGCCUGAGGAUGAAAAUGAUUCUGUUGGAAGAGAAAAGAGGAUGUCAUAAAAAGGACCAACCUACCUGCAAAUCUGUUCCUAGUAAAACAAAACCAUCCAGUGUGACUCCACCUGACAAAGAUUCAAGCAGCUUAAGCAAAGACUCUUCAUAUAUGGCGCCUAUCAGUAAUUGCAGUGAAGAUGAUUCAUGGUCUUAUUACUCAGAUCAGGGUUCUUGCCAUAAGGGCACUAACAGUAGUCCCAGUAUGACUGAUUCAUGGUCUAACUAUUCAGAUGAUGUCUCCUUUUGUGUGACUCCUGUCAGUAAUUCCAAUCCAGAUCAUUCAUUGUCUAGCUCUUCAAAUGAGGACCUUUCCUUCACAGGUCGUUAUGAAGAUAAAGAUUUAUCAGCUACCAGCAGAAACCAGGUCACCCCUGACAUCAAAGCUGGCGCUCUGAAAAAGACUCGUAAAGUUGUAUGCUUUAUCUGCAAGGAGCAAGUGAAGACAAAACUGAGAGUUCACAUGAAAACCCACUUCCCCAACGAUGAGUACGCAUGCCCUCGAUGCGACAGCAGGUUUAAAGUCCUGACGUCUUUUAGGUUGCAUUUGAAAAGAACUUGCUUCGAGCAUAGUAAGCAGCAGGUAGAUCCGGACGAAGCCCAGAAUCUUUACAAAUGUGACAAAUGCGAGGAGGCGUUCAGGUACAAACUUUCACUGGAAGUGCACAAACAGACCCACAACGAACUCUACUGCAGUGUGUGUAGGAAGGUUUUACGAGAUGCAGCAGCGUUGGCGAGGCACAAUGCUUCUCACACCGUGUUGCAGUGUCCCCGCUGCGAGGAGACCUUCACUCUGUAUAAGCCCCUGCUGAAGCAUUGUGAAAACAUCCAUAAAAUCAGCAGACCGUUUAAAUGCAACCAUUGUCCGAAAACAUACUCCAGGCUGCGCAUUCUAAUCGGACACGAGUGGAAGCAUACAGGUCACCUACCGUUCCGGUGCGCUCACUGCGGUUUAAGAUUCAGAUCAGAUGCAGAUCUCCUUUCCCACGGAAGAGUCCACACAGGAGAGAGACCUUACCUUUGCGCAGAGUGCGGCAAAACUUUCUCCCAGAAGUCCAACCUGGUACGGCACUUGCAUUUCAUCCAUAGCGACUCUCGAAAUGAGAAAAAGCAUUCCUGCUCCGAGUGUGGGAAAUCCUUUAAAGAGAAAGGAGCCCUGAAAAAGCACCAGAAGAGCAAACACUAUAAGGAAUUGUUCCGUCAUCCGUGCCAAUACUGCGGGAAGAUGUUUUCCGCGUCAUCGAUCGUGAGACAUAAAUUGAUCCAUACAGGAGAGAGACCUUUCAAAUGCACCGUGCCUGCAUGUGAAAAGUACUUCAGGUCAACCUCUGAGGUGAAGAAGCAUGUUCUUAUACAUCAUACGACAGAGCGACCGUAUAAAUGCGAUGUCUGUGGAAAGGGCUUUAUUAAAAUGGGUUUACUCAACACACAUUCUAAAAUACACUCCGGAGAGAAGCCGUUUGUUUGCCACUUCUGCGGCAAGGCUUUCCAUAAACUCUACGGCAUGCAGAGACACAAAAAGCUUGUACAUACAUUUAUAUCAAAUUAAAUCCUAUGUAGAAGGAAUGCUCAGUUCAACAGUUGUAUGCUAAAGCUCACAAGUAAAGUUCAUUUUUCCACCCGUCGAAGAUUUGAGAUACAAUAGAGAGGUUCAGAUGUAACAGUUGGCAAAUGCUUUAUCUAACAAAUUUGUUGUUAACAUAGAGAAAAACUAUUCAUGGAAUUUGCACUGGAUGCGAGUCAGCACCAUGCUGUAUCAGUGACUCGCCUUCAUACCUUGUUUAAAGAUGCAUUAUUUUGUUUCUGGAUACUAUUGGGCUUUUCAUACACACAGAUAUCUGAAAAUGGGUGAAUUAGAUGUGUUAGCAGGUAUGAAUUAUUUAUAUGGGGUGCAUAAUACACCUCCACUUCCCUGGAAACAUCCAAUCAUAUUUUAUGUCAUUUGGAUUUGGAUGGAUUUAUUUUCUGAUCUCAAAAAUGAUUCCAUAUGUCAUAUGAGGCUAAUGGGAUACAGUGUAGUUCACAAUAUAGGGUUUAUAAAAAACCCUCCAACUAAUUAGAAAAUAGUUGUAGCACCCACAUGUUAAAGAGUUUUUUUGUAUUUUAGUACACAUUAUUUCUUCAUUGAUUAAUAAAAUACGCAUUUUCUGUUCUUUUAUUAAUUUCAAUGUUUAUGUGCUAUGCAUUUCUGCAAGAGAAGAUUAAAAUAAUGUGUAAUUCAGCCUUUUUUUUGAUGUUGUAUGUGUUUCUUAGCAAUUGGGGAAGUUUUGUUUUUCUUAUUAAGUGGACUUGAGCUGUUUCUCAACAAUGAGUUGGGUAAUCCGUUUGGAGAACUGGACAAAUAUAAUCAGACUUAAGCUAGAUAUGUAAUUUUCUUGACUGAAUGCAUUUACAAAGGUUUUGAUAUAAUAGUACUGAAUAAAGCAAUGGAGUACAUCACUGGGUG